UUACUACUUUUUGUUUUCCAGGUCAGAUGUACAACUGCCUGCACUGAAGAUUGCAGCUCAAACAGUGUUACUGCAGAAACAGGAAGCAGUAGUAAUGAUAAUUUAACAGUAAAUUCUGUAAGCGGGAACAAAGCCUCUGGAGGUGGAAGAUGGACCAGGGCUCUAUCUGAUGGGGCAAUAAGUGAUCAGAACAAAGAAACAUGGCCCAACCCAGUUCAGGAUCUCAAGGCAGAGUAUGUUGGUGAGACCUCUGUCAACUUAACAUGGACAGUGACUGACACCAAUUCCAGCUCCUACACAUACAGGAUAGAGGUUGUCAAUGGCUCCUCUCACAGGAACCUGACGUUCAGUGACCCCGAAGCUGAAAUCACUGAGUUAGUCCCCGGGACAUUGUACACUUUCACCGUGUUUGCAGUAGCCAGUGAUGGUCAGACUGAAGGAGAAGGAGUGUCCAUAGACCUGUACACAAGGCCCAACCCAGUUCAGGAUCUCAAGGCAGAGUAUGUUGGUGAGACUUCAGUCAACUUAACAUGGACAGUGACUGACACCAAUUCCAGCUCCUACAUGUACAGGAUAGAGGUUGUCAAUGGCUCCUCUCACAGGAACCUGACGUUCAGUGUCCCUGGAGCUGAAAUCACUGAGUUAGUCCCUGGGACAUUGUACACUUUCAUGGUGUUUGCAGGAGUGAAUGACAGUCAGACUGAAGGAGGAGGAGUGUCCAUAGACCUGUACACAAGGCCCAAUCCAGUUCAGGAUCUCAAGGCAGAUUUUGUUGGUGAGACUUCUGUCAACUUAACAUGGAUAGUGACUGACACCAAUUCCAGCUCCUACACAUACAGGAUAGAGGUUGUCAAUGGCUCCUCUCACAGGAACCUGACGUUCAGUGCCCCUGGAGCUGAAAUCACUGAGUUAGUCCCCAGGACAUUGUACACUUUCACCGUGUUUGCAGGAGUGAAUAACAGUCAGACUGAAGGAGGAGGAGUGUCUGUGGACCUGUACACAGGGCCCAACCCAGUUCAGGAUCUCAAGGCAGAGUAUGUUGGUGAGACUUCAGUCAACUUAACAUGGACAGUGACUGACACCAAUUCCAGCUCCUACAUGUACAGGAUAGAGGUUGUCAAUGGCUCCUCUCACAGGAACCUGACGUUCAGUGCCCCUGGAGCUGAAAUCACUGAGUUAGUCCCCGGGACGUUGUACACUUUCACCGUGUUUGCAAGAGUGAAUGACAGUCAGACUGAAUGGGAAGGAGUGCCCAUAGAGCUGUACACAAGGCCUAGCCCAGUUCUGGAUCUCAAGGCAAAGUAUGUUGGUGAGACUUCUGUCAACUUAACAUGGACAGUGACUGACACCAAUUCCAGCUCCUACACGUAUAGGAUAGAGGUUGUCAAUGGCUCCUCUCCUGUGAACCUGACAUUCAGUGCCCCUGAAGCAGAAAUCACUGAGUUACUCCCUGGGACAUUGUACACUUUCACCGUGUUUGCAGGAGUGAAUAACAGUCAGACUGAAGGAGGAGGAGUGUCUGUGGACCUGUACACAGGGCCCAACCCAGUUCAGGAUCUCAAGGCAGAGUAUGUUGGUGAGACUUCAGUCAACUUAACAUGGACAGUGACUGACACCAAUUCCAGCUCCUACAUGUACAGGAUAGAGGUUGUCAAUGGCUCCUCUCACAGGAACCUGACGUUCAGUGCCCCUGGAGCUGAAAUCACUGAGUUAGUCCCCGGGACGUUGUACACUUUCACCGUGUUUGCAAGAGUGAAUGACAGUCAGACUGAAUGGGAAGGAGUGCCCAUAGAGCUGUACACAAAGCCCAGCCCAGUUCAGGAUCUCAAGGCAGAGUAUGUUGGUGAGACUUCUGUCAACUUAACAUGGACAGUGACUGACACCAAUUCCAGCUCCUACAUGUACAGGAUAGAGGUUGUCAAUGGCUCCUCUCCUGUGAACCUGACGUUCAGUGCUCCCGAAGCUGUGAUUACUGAGUUACUCCCUGGGAUGUUGUACACUUUCAGGGUGUUUGCAGGAGUGAAUGACAGUCAGACUGAAGGAGAAGGAGUGUCCAUAGACCUGUACACAAGGCCCAGCCCAGUUCAGGAUCUCAAGGCAGAGUAUGUUGGUGAGACUUCUGUCAACUUAACAUGGACAGUGACUGACACAAAUUCCAGCUCCUACACAUACAGGAUAGAGGUUGUCAGUAGCUUCUCUCAGAGGAACCUGACGUUCAGUGUCCCCAAAGCUGUGAUCACUGAGUUAGUCCCUGGGACAUUGUACACUUUCAUGGUGUUUGCAGGAGUGAAUGACAGUCAGACUGAAGGAGAAGGAGUGUCCAUAGGGCAGUACACAAUUCCUGCCUCAGUGAAUUCAUUUCAGUGUGAACCAGUGGCCAAGCAACCUUCCCUAAUGCUGAAGUGGAAAUGUCCUUUUGGUAACAAUUCUGGCUUCAUGAUUAAAAUAUCUAAGGACUCCUGGGUGAAAGAAGAAAAUGCUUCACUCUGCGUGAGCGAAGGCUCAGAGAAUAACUUCAGCAUCACAUCUUUAGCUUAUUUCAGCACCUAUGAUGUUACUAUUGUAACUCUUUCAGAUGGUCCUGGUGUAAGCCCUGAAGUGCACGCAGAGUGCAAUACAAGCAUUACUGACCCACCUGCUCCAAGUGAACAUCCUAUAGUCAAGGCAGUCAGUCACAGCUCAUUGUCUGUUGAAUUCUCUGAUUUUGAGUCAGUGAACGGACCAUUAAAAGCCUAUGCAGUAAUGAUCACAACAGGACAAGAUUGUGAGUCUUUGGAGUCUAAAUUGAGCAACACAUACCAAGAUUUCAAGAAGAAGGCAACAGUUACCUAUGUGGCACAUGUCAUCAAUACAGAGCAGACAAAGUCUCCUGCUUUCCAUUCCCAGAACGGCACAAACGUCGUCGAUGUGGGCAAGGGGAGCAGAACCUACGGCUAUGAGAACGGACCCUUGAUUCCAGUUCGUUCAUACAGGGCAAGUGUUGCAGGUUUCACUAAUAUAAGCUUUACCACAGCCGGCAUCAUUGUGGGAGAAGAUAGUUAUGUGUCUUUUUCACCCUGUUCUGAGGCAGUUUUGCUACCCCAGGAUCCAGGUCUCAUUGCUGGAGCUGUCAUUGGAUGCCUUUUAGGUGUAUUUGCUGUAGUGGCUAUUGGGGGUUUCAUAUUCUGGAGAAGGAGAAGGAAAGAUAAAAGGAAUACUGAAGUGUCCUUUUCUCCAAUCAAAAUCAAGAAAUCAAAACUGGUUAAAGUGGAGAACUUUGAGUCCUACUUUAAGAAGCAGCAAGCUGACUCCAACUGUGGGUUUGCUGAAGAGUAUGAGGAACUGAAGUCUGCUGGUGUUCAUCAACCUAAAUUUGCUGCUGAACUUGCUGAGAACAGGGGAAAAAAUAGAUACAACAACGUCUUACCAUAUGAUAUUUCUCGUGUGAAACUUUCAGAUCAAAGCUCUGCAAGUGGGGAUUAUAUCAAUGCAAACUAUAUACCUGGCUACAACUCAAAGAAGGCCUUUAUUGCUGCACAGGGUCCUUUGCCCAAUACAAUAGAAGACUUCUGGCGCAUGGUUUGGGAGAAGAACAUCUACUCUGUUGUUAUGUUGACCAAGUGUGUUGAACAAGCCCGGACAAAAUGUGAGCAGUACUGGCCAGACAAGCAGUCCAAGAGCUAUGGUGACAUUAUUGUAACCAUGGUCUCAGAGGUUGUCCUUCCAGAAUGGACAAUAAGGGACUUCACUGUAGAAAAGGCCAACACACCAGAGAGCCACACUGUGCGCCAGUUCCACUUCACCUCCUGGCCAGAUCACGGAGUGCCAGAGACAACAGACCUCCUCAUCAACUUCAGACAUCUUGUUCAUGAGUACAGCAGUCAGAAUCCAAUAGACUCUCCUACACUAGUGCACUGCAGCGCUGGUGUUGGGAGGACAGGGACGUUCAUCGCCAUUGACCGCCUGAUCCAGCAGAUGGAGAUGGAGAGCACUGUGGAUGUGUACGGGGUGGUGUACGACCUUCGCAUGCACCGGCCGCUGAUGGUACAGACUGAGGACCAGUACGUCUUCCUGAACCAGUGUGUUAUGGAUAUUAUCAGAUCCCAGAAAGACAAGAAAACUGAUCUCAUUUACCAAAACAUGACAGCAAUGGCAAUCUAUGAGAAUUUCACACCUGGGCCAGGCUUUGGGAAGGCCAAUGGCUACCAUGCAUAG